CGUGUCCUGCAGGUGAAGUGCGCCCUGACGGGCCACGAGCUGCCCUGCCGCCUGCCCGAGCUCCAGGUCUACACCCGCGGCAAGAAGUACCAGCGGCUGGUCCGCGCCUCGCCCGCCUUCGACUACGCCGAAUUCGAGCCGCACGUCGUGCCCAGCACAAAGAACCCGCACCAGUUGUUCUGCAAACUUACCUUGCGGCACAUCAACAAGUCCCCAGAGCACGUGCUGAGACAUACCCAGGGCCGGCGGUACCAGAGAGCUCUACAGAAAUAUGAAGAGUGUCAGAAGCAAGGGGUGGAGUACAUCCCUGCCUGCCUACUGCACCGGAAGAGGAAGAGGGAGGACCUGGUAGAUGGGGUCAGGCCUCGCGCAAGGGAAGCCUUCUGGGAGCCCACGUCCAGCGACGAGGGGGGAUCUGCGAGCGAUGACAGCAUGACAGACCUGUACCCACCUGAGCUGUUCACCAGAAAGCAUGAAAAAGGCGGGGCUGAGAACAGGGACAGCACCGAUGACUUCUUGACAGAUGAAGAGGGCCAGAAGCCAGGGCCCCCAGGAGAAGAGGGCCCUGGGGACAGGAAGGAGGCAGCAGCAGACCAGGUGCUGGUCCGGAGGCGCAGGAAGAAGCAGCUGGGAUCGUUGAAAAAGAAGUUCAAGAGUCAUCACCGCAAACCGAAGAGCUUCAGUGCCUUUAAACAGUCAGGGUAAUAAAAGAUGCUGAGAAAGCACAUUUUGACCAC